AUGUCAGACACUUCUCCAGUGAUUGUUUCACUAAAUGAAUUAAACCAUGGUUUGGAUCCCCAGACAUUGAACAAUUCAUUUGGACCUGAUUCUCUUGGAAUCAUCGUUGUCAAGGAUCUUCCAUUAGAUUAUUUAAAACUUCGAGAAAAAGUUCUUACUAAUGCAUCAAAAUUAGCUAAUCUUCCCAAACUGAUUUUAAAAAGUUUAGAAAAUGAAGAAUCAUAUUGGUUAGUUGGUUGGUCAUGUGGAAAAGAAAAAUUGAAUAAUAAGGAUACACCUGAUUUUAAAAAAGGUUCAUAUUAUAUAAACUGUGCUUUCCAUAAUGAUUCAUUACUUGAAGGACCAAGAAAAGAAUUGGUUGAUAAAUUUCCUAAUUAUAAAGCAUAUACUGGGGAGAAUAUUUAUCCUCCUGAAGAACUAAUUCCUGGAUUUCAAAAGGAUAUAAAAAGUUUGAUUAAUAUGAUUAUUUCAGUUGGUGAAUCAGUGGCCACAUCAUUAGAUUCUUAUAUUUUGGAUCAUGUUGAUGGAUAUGAAAAAGGAUAUUUGAAUAGGGUGGUGAAAAAUUCUACAUGUAGUAAAGCUAGAUUAUUGCAUUACUUUCCAGAUGAGGGUGAUUCAAAAGGAAAUGAGGAUGAUAGCUGGUGUGGGGAACAUUUGGAUCAUUCAUGUAUUACCGGUUUAACUUCAGCAUUAUAUCUUAAUGAUAAAAAUGAAAUUGUAACUCCUGGAUCAUCAGAUGAUUCUGGAUUGUAUAUCAGAAACAGACAUAACGAAAUUGUUAAAGUUAAUAUUCCAGAAGGUUGUUUGGCUUUCCAAUCAGGAUCUACAUUGCAAGAAGUAUCCAAGGGUUACUUCAAAGCUGUGCCUCAUUAUGUUAAAGGAGCAAACGAAAGUGUCGGAUUGUGUAGAAAUACAUUGGCCGUUUUCAUGCAACCAGAUUUGAAUGAGAUGGUUAAUGAUACAGAAAAUUUUGCCCAAUAUUCAUCCAGGAUAUUAAAACAGAAUCACUAA